AUGGAUAACGCAAUCUCGACGGACUCACCUCGUCAGCCGAAGAAAGCGACACCUGCGUGCGAAAAAUGCCGUGUUCUCAAGGUCAAAUGUAUUCGACCCGAGGAAGGACAGCCUUGUACCAAAUGUGCCCGAUCAAACUCUCAAUGCAUAUUUUCAGAGCCGAGACAGCGAGCUCGAGUUCCACAACGAGCGAAACCGAGACUGGUCGAUCUUGAAUCCAAGCUCACCAAUAUCAUCGGUCUACUGUCACGAUCUAGCGCACCCCUUAGUGGAGUCCAACCCCCCGUUGAUCCGGAUUAUGGGCUGGCUGCAAUUCCUGAAUAUUUUAGCGACAGCCCACAUCCAACAGCUGAAUGGAUGAGCCAAGGGUGCCUGGCUGGUCCUGAAUUGGACGAAGGGCUGGGGUCGAGCGAAAACCAGAAUACCACAGGAAACACCCUAGAAAGGUCUUGGGAUGCAUCCAUUGCGAUGGACGCCGCGUGGAUCACCGACUUGGAACUCGGUCCUGUCGUCCUCGAGCAUCUUCUAGACAGGUUCCGCGCUAUGGCGUCUUACUUUCCAUUUGUGCGGCUCUCAUCCGACUGGACUGCUACGUCGAUGGCUGAACAUCGCCCCUUCCUAUUGCUUGCAGUUGUUGCUGCUGCUUCCUCACAGUACUGUCACCUCCAAGACGCUCUGAUGAGAAAAUUUAAAGAAGCUCUCAGUCAGCGGGUCAUCAUAGCUGGCGAGAAAGAUCUAGAUCUGCUCCAGGGAUUACUUGUCCACCUUGCCUGGUUCCAUUUCCACUAUGUUCCAGGAAGUCAGCAAGCCUACCAGUACUUACAAAUCGGAAUCAGUAUGGUCAUUGACCUUCGCCUUGAUCAAGAGGCUGUCGACUUUCUUGAGCAGCCAACCGAGAUGAGUGAUACUUAUAUCCGGGAAGCAUGCCGUGCUUAUCUGGGUUCCUAUUACAUGUCUAGCAUAAUAGCAAUGUCUUCGGGAAAGCCCAACAAUCUCCCAUUUCACGAGGCCAUGCUUCGAUGCGCUAUGAUGCUGCAACAACACCCAGAAUUCGACACGGACCUCUUGAUAUACCCAGUGACGAAAGUGCUACAGUUUUCCGAGGAAGUCUGCGAGACCUACCGGUCUGAAGGUGUCCACGGAACUCGGCUGUACAUCCACGCUGAACGAUUCACGACGCGGUUAGAAGAAUGGUGGUCGUCACUCUCCACGGAUCUUCGCAGCACGGUAUUGCUGAUCAACGGCUAUCAUGCCGUCAAGAUCCGGAUUCAAGAAAUGGGCUUGGUAUAUUGCUACGGGCAGAGAAGGCCACCAUCUCCAAAGGCACAGGAAGAUUCCACCAUGCUAUCCACACCUCCAAUGGUCAUCAGCAACUUAGUCAAAUGCGUCAGCUCUACCAAGGAGUAUCUGGAUUUGUUCUUCGCCAUUCCCGCUGCGGAGCAUAAUAACUUGCCAUGUUCCACUUGGUAUCAGGUUUUUUUUACGGUAUUUGUGCUGUACAGGUUGUCUGUGGGACUGCCAGAAGUACCUGAAUGGAACGGGGAGAUUGCACAGCAAUCUGUGAAUUUACAGGAAUACCUUGAUACACUGCUGUCUAAUCUACAGGCUAUUAAGCCAUCGCCAGACAGGCAAAUACCCACCAAGAGCCUCUUUUCAAUGCUACCUGAGAUCAUAGGAAGUGUGAGAAAUUCCUAUGCAUUGGCAAAAGAGAAUCUCACACAGGUUCGUGAUAGUCACCAUGCGCAUCACGAGCUUGGGGCCUCUGCUCAACGGCUGCACCGCUGCCCUGCGUUGCGGUAUUCGAGCCGCCGCGUCGCCCAGGCUCCGGAUCAGCCCACACUACAAAAUGCCAUUGCUACGGAAGUCCAGAAGAUAGAAGAUGAGAAGCUUUGGGGUGAUCUUCUGUUGAUGGAUACAUUUUCUAGCAUGACAGGUUCAUCAUCUGCAGAGUUUUGA